CGUUCGCAUCUCGCUGCUCCAGCCUGCAGGGCACGUUCCGUCCUUCGAACCCGCAACCAGCAAAGGAAAAAAGCCUACAUAUUUUCUUGCCCCAUACACUCCUGGAGGCGAGCAAAACAAGUUAAUUUUGACCAUGAGGGAAAUCGUGCACAUCCAGGCCGGUCAGUGUGGCAACCAGAUCGGUGCUAAGUUUUGGGAGGUGAUCAGCGAUGAGCAUGGCAUCAACCCCACUGGCACGUACCAUGGGGACAGUGACCUGCAGCUGGACCGCAUUUCCGUGUACUACAAUGAAGCCACAGGUGGCAAAUACGUUCCUCGUGCUAUUUUGGUGGAUCUAGAACCUGGAACCAUGGACUCUGUUCGAUCUGGUCCUUUUGGCCAGAUCUUCAGACCAGACAAUUUUGUUUUUGGUCAGUCAGGGGCAGGCAACAACUGGGCCAAGGGCCACUACACAGAGGGGGCCGAGCUGGUGGACUCUGUCCUGGAUGUGGUGCGGAAGGAGGCCGAGAGCUGCAACUGCCUGCAGGGACAAGAAGAUGAUGUAGAGAGCUGCAGCAUGUCACUGUGCUGGCUGCUGAGCCCCUCUGCCAGAAUAGAAGAGCCAGAAGCAUCGGGGACCCCACUUUCCGGGAGAAGAUACCACAUUAACCCCUGGUCAUCCUCUGCCCUGCUCAUCUCCAAGUGA